AUGAUACAAUCAAGAGAUUUUGAAAUUUGCAGGAUACAUAAUGAAAAGAUUGUUUAUAUUGAUAAAUAAUAAUCAGAUAUAUCAAAAAAAGGUCUUUGUCACUAAUGUGUUGCUGAAUAAGAAAAAAAUAAAAACCUUAAAAUGAUAGAUGAUAUAAGAACUUAACUUUCUAAUUUUAAGGAUCAAUUAAUAUAGAACAGAGAAUAUCGAACAUAAUGGAAUAUUGAUUUAUUGAGAAAUUUGCAAGAGUCUUUACAUAAAUAUUAAGUUUAAUUUUGCUAAUAAACAGAAAAAUGCAUAUAAAAAAUCCAUCAAUAAAUCAAUCUUUUUAAAAAUGCUAAAUAAUAAUACUAAAUGAAAGUUAGCUAAAUAACAAUAAAUGAUUUGAAUGGUCCAGACAAAGUAAAGUCUUAAAUUAAAUAAGAAUUUAUUGAUUGUAAGGGUAUAAAAUCUAUUUUAUUGAAUCAAAUGAAUAAUUUUGAAGUUUUUUAGAUGAAAAAUAUAUGUGAAGAACAAAUAUAAAAAAUAGAUUUUGGUGAUUAAAAUUUAGAAUUGGAAUAAUUGUGUAAUUUAGAAUUAUUUUAAAAUGAAAAAGAAUAAUAUUAAAAAUGGAAAUGUGAUGAACAUAAAGAAGAGAUUAUGUUUAUAGAUUUAGAAUAAAUUUAAAGAAUUCCUAAUAGAUUAGCAUGUAAGAAAUGUGUACCGAAAUAUAAUUGUAAAUUUACAGAUAUUGAAGAUUUAUAAAAUUUAUGGUAAUAAUAUUUCUAAGAAACUUAAAAAUAAAUUCAUUUAUAUAUGUAAUAAUCAAAUAAGGUAAAAAAGUAAAUGGUAAAACUUCUCCAAGAAUUUAAAACUAAAAUGAAUGAAUAAAUAGAUUAAUUAUUUUUAUUUAUUGAAUAAUAAGGAAAAUUUGAUUGUAAUAAGGCAUUAUACAAACCAUUUUAAUUAUUAUAGAGAGAUUUAUAAACUAUAUCAAAAGAUGAAAUAAUAAUUAUUGCAAAUUCUGUAAGUAAUGAAAAUAAAGAGUUUACAAUAAAAAAAUAUGUUAGAAAUGAAUUCAUUAAUAAAGAGAUUGUUUUAAAAGAAACAAUUUAUAAGAAUAUGUAAAUAUUUCAAAAACAAUUAGAAACAAUAAUAAAUAAUUUAUAGUAAUUAAAUCUAACAGAUAAUGAUAUACUAUUAUUAUAAGAAAAUAAUAAAAGAAGACUUUAAAAUUAAACAUUUGUUGAACCUUAAUCAUCUAGAAAUUUACAUUAAAAAAAGUUUAUAUUAAAGAAUGAUAAUUGUUAUAUGCUAGAUUCAAAUAUCGAUAUUGAAACUUAUCGUAAUUAUGAUGGAUAAAUUUCUCCUAUAAAAAAAGGUGUUAGAUAGAUGUAGAAUAAAUUUAAAUUAAAUUUGUUAAAUGUAACAUUAAAACAUUUUAAAUAUGAAAUAUUUAGCUAAAUUGAAGAAAGCACACCAUGUUUAGCAAUAGCAAUAAAUUCUUAAGCUACUAUUUUAGUAGUUGGAUAAUAUAGAGGUAUAAUAAAAGUAUUUUCUAUUAAUAAUGGAUUUCUGAAUUAAAUUUAAAUUUUAUAAGAGAAUAGUUUUAAUAUAAGAUGCUUAUAUUUUAUGAAAGGAUCAUAAUCAUUUUUAUCUGGAAGUAAUGAUAAAUCAAUUUUAAUUUGGAAGUAAGGAUUAGAUUAGAAAUGGUAUAAUUUCAAAAAAUUAGAAGGUCAUUCAGGAUAUAUUUAAUGUUUAAUAAUGAAUAACUAAGAAAAUCUUAUUAUUUCAGGUAGUUAAGAUAAAACAAUUAAAUUCUGGGCUUAAGAAAUUGAUUGGUAAUGUUAAUUUACAUUUAGUGGACAUAAUAAUAGUGUGAGAAGCAUUAGUUUAAAUAGUAGUAACAAUUAAUUAAUAUCAUGUGCAGAAGAAGAAUUAUAAAUUCUUAUUAUUUAACUUUAAAAUGAUUUAAAAACAUGGGCUUUAGCUUUUGAAAUUAAGGUAGAUUAUUGGGGUUAUAGUGUUAUUUUUAUUAAUGAUCACUUAUUUUCAUUCUAACCACACAAAAUUGAUUAAAUUUAUCUUUUUCAAAAAAAAAACAUUUAAGAAAAUUAAUUUCAAUUCAAACAAUGUAUUGAGGUUAAAUGUGAAGAUGAUUGUACAGCUUUAUUUCCUCAAAUGUAUUUGAAAUCAAAAUAAAUUUUAAUGACAAAAAAUGGUAGAUAUAUUAAUCUAAUUCGAAAAAAUAAAAACGGUCAAUUUACAACAGAAUAAUCAAUACAAAAUGCUGAUAAUUGUUGUGGACUAUAUGGAUCUAUGACUUUUGACGGAGAAUAUCUAUUUACAUGGGAAGAUUAAAACCAUUAAAUAAUCGUUAGAAAGUUUAAGGAGUAUUGA